CCUCCUCUAUAUAUAUACACCAAACCCACACAACCAAAUUCUCCAAUACAUACAAAGCUAUAUAGAAAUUAACAUAUCAACAAUAACUGUUAACAUGGAAGAGGAUAAGAGGAUGAAGGUGAAGAAGGGGUCUCUCGCCGUGCGAGUCGGCGUCGAGGGCGACGAGGGCAGGUUCCGGCGGUUCGUCAUCCCGAUAUCGUACCUCAACCACCCGCUGUUCCGGAAGCUGCUGGAAACAGCCAAGGAGGUCUACGGUUACAGCUCGUCGGGCCCGAUCAAGCUCCCGUGCUCCGUCGACGAGUUCCUCCAUCUCCGGUGGCUCAUCGAGCGCGAAUCGCAAAGCUCGUCGUCCGCCCGCAGCGGCCUCCAUCACCACCAUUCGUUCUCCCUGCAUUCGUGUUGAAGCACAAGAUAUACAUAAAGAAAAGAGGAUUGAGAAGAGAGAAAAAAAAAAAAAAAAAAAAAAAAAAAAAGAUACAAGGGGGAGGAGUUGCAUACUUAAAUUUGUGUUGUAAUUAUUUGUGUCAUCGUUGACAAUUGUGAGUGGUGCUACUCUCUCUCUCUCUCUCUCUCUCUCUCUCUCUUAAAGAGGCUAUUUUUGUAACUUUGUUAGUUAUACUAGAUGAGCAAUAAAUGUUGCUUUAAGAUCAA